GGUGGCGCGUACGCGCAGCCGGGCCUUGGUGGCCCCCCUGGCAUCGCGCCGCCUGGGGCUUACCCGGGCUACGCCGCGCCGCCCCAGCACGCAGCCUUCUACCCAGGCGUGGCGCCGCACGGGCCUGGCUACCCAGGGGCGCCAGGGGCGCCAGGCUGCACGCCGGGCGCCGGCGCUCUCCAGCCGCCCGGCGGGCCCACCCCGUCGGCUGGCUACCCCGCUCAAGGAGGCCCAGCGGGCUACCCGCCGCCGGGGCCGACGCCAGGUGGCUACCCGCCCUACCAGGGGGGCCACCCGCCGCCAGGCACCUGGUCUGGCGCGGCGUUGGGCGGCCAGGGCGUGCAUGCACUCCGGAGCGGCCUGGCCAGGGGCCAGCUCGGGGAGAGGGUGGCUGGCAGGCACCCGGAGAGGGCGAGGGCGCUCCCGCUCGCCCUGGACGCUGACGGCGGCCUCGGCCAGGCUCUCUUGUUGGGCCUUUGCAUCGGCGGCCACGUGUCGCUCCGCUGGGGUGGACCUCGCCGCCUUGGCGGCCGCGACUUCUCGGCCUCCAUGCGGAUCAGGGCCGCCCUGGCGUCUACAUCGGCUCCAUCGGGCACCCUGACCAGGGAUGCCGCUGACGUCGCACGCCCCGGCGAAGCGGACCUUCUUGCCGCCCUCCUUGGCGGCUGCGGCUCCUGCCGUGCCCGCCCGGCCGCAGUGAUCAAGAAGAACCUCGUCAAGAAGUGCCUCGAGAUGUUUGCGGAGAUCGCCGAGAAGAAGGACGACUACAAGAAGUUCUAUGAGCAGUUCGGCAAGUGCCUCAAGCUUGGCGUGCACGAAGAUUCCACCAACCGCACCAAGGUCGCGGAGCUUAUGCGCUACCACACCUCGAAGUCUGGAGAUGAGAUGAUCAGCCUGAAGGUCCUCUACAUGACCGAUCCCAUCGAUGAGUACUCCGUGCAGCAGCUGAAGGAGUUCGACGGCAAGAAGCUCAAGUCGACGACCAAGGAAGGUUUGGACCUCGAGGACGAGGACGAGAAGAAGAAGCUGGAGGAGCUGAAGGCGGAGUUCGAGCCGCUAACGAAGCUGAUGAAGGAGGUGCUUGGCGACAAGGUGGAGAAGCGGCAGUCGGGGCGCGCCCCGCACCGCGGCGGCCGCGCGUGCAGAGGGCACGGCCGCCACGCCGUCUGGCAGCCGCCCGCAGCUGCCACGGGCGGCGCGGGGAGGUGCCCGCCCGCGCACGGCGCUCCGCAGGCCCCUGCAGCCGCAGGUGGCGGAUAUUCCAAUGCCGCGCCGCCCCCCGGGAGCUACCCGGGCUCGUAUCCGUACGGCGGAGUGGGCGGCGCUUACCCCGCCAGCUACCCGAGUAGCGAGCCGGCCAGCGGCAGCGGCGGCCCCGUCGGCAGCUACUUCGGGCCCCCUCGACCAGAGCAUGCGCCCGGGCCUGGUGGCGCGCAUGCAGGCACGCAGCCCGCGGCGGCGGGCCCCCAGCCCGGCAUGCCCGGCGGAGCCCCUCCGCCGCACCCGGGCCAGCCCCAAGGCUACCCACCAGCGGGCUACCCACCGCACCAAGGCGCGCCCGCAGAGGUGCAGCCAGCGCCGCAGCCGGGCUGCGCCGCGCAGCUGUCGCCGCAGGGCGCGCCGGGCGGCUGGGGAGCCCCUGUGCAGGCACCGCCGUCCGCCGCGCCGCCGCAGCCGGCGGCCUGGGGCCCCCCGCAGCAGCCCGCAGCCGGUGCGGCUCCCGCCGCCGCCGCCGCCGCCGCCCCAGUGGACCCGUACGCGCAGGGCGCCUACCCGUGCUCUGCCUACGGCAUGGGCGCGCAGCCCGCGCAGGCGGCGGCCCCGGGCGCCUGCGACCCGUACGCGCCAG